CUCCGACUGUGGUGAGCGAGGACACGUCAAUGGGCAUAAAUAAAUAAAUAAAUCCAUUCACCCGGUGACAGCGGGGCGAACCGGCUGCCGCUCGGGGGGGGAAGUGAGAGCUGCGGGGCCCACGCGGAGCAGAGAGCAGGCUGAAUGGCUGUCUUAAGAUGUGCUGCUCUCCUGUGAAAACUUAUACCCAGAAACCCUGAAAACCAAAGAACUUUUCAGAUUCUGUGACAACAGAUCUACUCUGUUGCUUGGCAUUGAAAUAGAGAAGCAGAGAUGCCACCGCCGGCAAGUGGUCCACCAGAAAACCCACCGCCUGAUGGAGGAUGGGGCUGGGUAAUAGUUGGAGCAUCAUUUAUCUCCAUUGGAUUUUCAUAUGCACUUCCCAAAGCCCUGACAGUAUUCUUCAAGGAAAUUCAGUAUGUAUUCAACAGUACUUACAGUGAGACAGCAUGGAUAUCAUCCAUUAUGCUGGCUGUUAUGUAUGCAGGAGGUCCCAUAAGUAGCGUUUUGGUGAAUAAAUAUGGCAGCCGUCCAGUGGUGAUGAUAGGAGGCUUGUUAUGCUGUAUAGGAAUGACCGCAGCCUCUUUCAGUGAAAGUAUUUUACACCUUUAUGUUACUGUGGGAGUCCUUGGAGGCUUAGGUUUGGCCUUCAACCUGCAACCUGCCCUAACUAUAAUUGGCAAAUACUUCUAUGCGAAACGACCCAUGGCAAAUGGGAUAGCCAUGGCAGGGAGUCCUGUGUUUUUAAGUACAUUAGCCCCUUUCAACCAAUACCUUUUAAAUACUUUUGGCUGGAAAGGAAGCUUCUUGAUUUUGGCAGGGAUUUUGUUACAUGCCUGUGUGGCUGGGGCUCUCAUGAGACCAGUUACACCCACACAACUUACUUCCAAGACUAAAAAUAAGAUUGAUAUGAGAUCAGAUGAAUCAGGUGUGAAGAAAAGGCUUAAGAAGAAAACAUUUUGUGAAAAAAUUAACACUUACUUAGAUUUCUCUCUUUUUAGACAUAGAGGAUUUCUGAUAUAUUUAUCUGGAAAUGUCAUUAUGUUUCUAGGAUUUUUUGCCCCCAUUAUAUUCUUGGCUUCCUAUGCUAAAGACAAGGGGAUUGAUGAGUACUCUUCAGCUUUCCUGCUUUCAGUGAUGGCUUUUGUCGAUAUGUUUGCGAGGCCUUCUGUUGGAGUAAUUGCUAACUCCCCACUUAUCCGACCCCGGAUCCAGUACUUUUUCAGUUUUGCAAUCAUGUUCAAUGGAGUAUGUCAUCUCCUAUGCCCACUGGCACAAAGCUAUACAAGCCUGGUGGUAUAUGCUGUAUUCUUUGGCCUUGGCUUUGGGAGUGUUAGCAGUGUCUUGUUUGAAACCCUCAUGGACCUUGUGGGUGCAUCAAGGUUUUCCAGUGCUGUGGGACUUGUCACAAUUGUGGAAUGUUGCCCAGUUCUUCUUGGCCCUCCCAUCGCUGGUGUUUUGGUGGAUAAGACUGGUGAUUAUAAAUAUAUGUAUCUAGCCUGUGGUGCUAUUGUGGUCGCAUCAAGUAUAUGGCUGCUCAUUGGCAAUAUUUUCAACUACAGAUUGCUGGAAAAGGAAAAGAAAUUGGAAGAAGCGAAGAAGAAAAUGAAUGACCUUGUGUCUAGAGAAAAAGAACCUUUGACUCAAUCUACGCAACCAACUGUUAUUGUCAAAAGCAAAAGAACAGAGAGUACUCCUUCAGAGAGAGAAACCAAUAUUUAACAAAAAUCACAUCUCUGACUUCAGUGUUUAUGACUUUCUUAGGAGUAUUUUUUUUUUCUCUCAACAUAUUAGAGAAGAAUCUUAUUGAAAGGAGCCAUAAUUAAGGAUUCUCCACAAAGGCACAUUUUUUAAAAAUUUUUUUUUAGUUUGUGGCUUUUUAAAAUUUGGAAAAUUUAAUUUGGAGAUUUUCCUGCUAAAGAACCAGCAUGCUUGGUUUAUUUUCACACAAGAUUCUGGUUGUGGUGGCUUAAAUAAUUUUUAAGAAUUUUAUAACUUCACUCUUGGAUCUCAUGAUCUAACUUCCAAACCCGUGGUUUAAGUACUUAGAAGGAAUAUGCUAAUUCCAAUAAAAAUGAACUCAUUUAAUAUGAAAAUUAAAGCAAGUAGUGGAACUAAGGAAAAAUGGAAUUUCUCCUUACACGCACAUCCACAUCCACAAACACACAUACACACAAAAUAUAUGGAGAACAAAAUAUGAAACAUUCAAUAAGACGACAUCAAUAGUUACAACAAUCAAACAACAAGGGCAACAAAAGGGAAUAAAUAUUAAAAAAUAAA